AUGUACCAGUCUGCCUUUGUGCCCCGGGAGUACUAUCCAACCGCAGUCCCACCUGCGGCCUACCCCUACCCACUGCUGCAGAGUGGGAGAGCAGAAGACAUGGCCAGCCCCAUGAUGUUCCCUCCCAUCCACAUGCACAGCUUCUACAGUCGACCUGUCACCGUCGUGGUGGACCGAAACAGCUACCCUGAUUAUGUGGGAGGGCAGGUGGAGUAUCAUCAUCUCUACGGUGCCUCCAGUCCCUACCCCCGUCCAUACUACACCUGGCACCUCCCUCCCGUGGUCCCCAUCCCUCUCUACCAUCCCUAUGCAAGCUACAGUCCCUAUGCUGCCCACCAGAGGCCGGAUCAGUAUCGAGAAACAUGGCCAGAAGGCUUCACAAUGAGAGGGGAGCUUCAAUGGGGGAAGCUUGUAAAGGUGUUUGGGCCAAGGAAAGAGCUCCCAGAGUUUGUGAAGGAUGAUCUCCGAAGGGUUUACGGCACCUACCCACGGACCAGUGUCUCCAUAACCUACCGGAAAGGGGAGUUCCUGGUCAAGGGAGACCCCAGGGUCGGAGAGCAGGAAUAUGCAGUGGAAAAAAAAGUCAUCCAGCAGGCUGCAACCCCCAGUGCCAGUGAGGCAGACGACAGCAGCGAGGAUCGGAACCGCAAGAAGAAAAAGAAGUCGAGACGUUGAUGUAGUGAGUCACCUGAUGGACAGAUGCUCCAGAGCCCACACAGGAGGGCAGAGGGCAGCUGUUCUUGGUGCAGCUGGCAAGUAGCACAAGCCACCACUCCCAUUGUCUUUUAACUGCUCCUCAUGCUCCAUAUGCUUACAGCAGCUUUACCCUGCUUGAUGCACAAUGCCCAUCCUGUGAGAAAACCACUUGGCACUCCAC